UAUUUACCACGAGAACCAUUCCUUUCAAAAAACCCAAGGACAUUGAUGCGUUAUGGAUGGCCAAUCUUCACCAUAAUGACUCGGGGGGUUGGUAAGGGGAAGUAGAGUUGUUUCCCUUGACGUAGUUUGACAGCAGUGAAGCUGGGAGUUAUCACUCCUGGUGCUGCAUAGUUAUACCGUUUGAUUUCAUAAGUGAAAAGAAUGGUUGCAGCUAGACCCUUCUGUAAGCUGUGGUUUUGGCCGCUGCUAUCUUUCAUUAUGUGCCUCUUCUCCAUCGGCCUGGCCAUAGCUCUGAUAGUGGUCACUGCACAAAGGGACAGCUUGCAAGGAAAGGCUGCUAUGGUCACUACAGAACCGGUCAGUGUGGCCAAGAAGCCGACAGUCUGCGGGGAGAACAACACGAAUAAUAACGUCCUUGACCUGACGGAGUCUCCCAGACCAGGCCCUUUCCAUGACCUGACCUCAGCGGAGAUAAAGAAUCUUCGUGAGUUCCUGGAGACUUUUACAGAAACGACAGCAGCAAGACCAGACCAGGAGAUGCUGAACUCCAGUUACAUAUUCAUGAUGGAUCUCAUGCUGCCCAGAAAGAAGGAGGUUCUCGAUUAUCUCAAUGGAGUCAAAGAUGACGUCAUUCGAAGUGCACGCGUCAUAUUGUUCCGAGGAGACAAAGCUCCACCAGUGGUGGAAGAGUGGAACUGUGGUCCACUGCCAAAGGUUUUCUCCUGCAAGCUGCUCAAAGAGCUAGAGACUAAAACACGAAACACUUUGGACUUUUCCCUGAGACCAUUCUCCAUGAUGGAACUAAGUCCAGAUAGAGGUUUUAAAGAUCUUCUGAUGAGGCUUGACACUGAGAUUGGAACAAUACUGAAAGAAAGUUAUAACGCCACCUUCACAGACUGUGACAUGCCAGACAGUUGUCUCAAGUAUACUGUCACACCAGUGAUCUCCAAUGUCUCCACUAGCAGAGAGCUGUGGAUAACUCCUACCUAUAAUGUCCCUUUUCAUUCCCUACAUCCACUUGGUAUGUCCGUCUUGUGUCAGGUCAAUGGAGUUGACCCAACGCAGUGGAACUUCAGCAAAAUCUGGUACUUUGAUCAAAUCUUCAAUUCUUUGGCAGACUUUCAACAAGCCUAUAUUAACAAUACAUUGACCAAAAUAAAACUGACCAAGCCUGUACACACACACGAUUCGUUUUCCACUCUGCAUCGACGAGGUGACCCUCAACCUUUGAACCCACAGCGAGCCCCGACUGAAGUCGAACCCGAUGGAAAGAGAUAUUCCUUAAAGAGUCGAAAGGUGACCUACUUCAACUGGGACUUCCAUUUUCGUAUGUCGACAUUAAGUGGACCGGCCCUGUAUGACGUCAGAUUUAAAGGGGAGAGAAUCGCUUAUGAGAUUGCCUUGUCUGAAAUGGCAGUUUUUUAUUCCGGUAUUUCCCCUUGGGCUAGUAAUUUUGUGACUAGCGGGUCAUUGGUAGGUCUGCAACAGAGGUCACUGGUGCCAGGUGCUGAUUGUCCAGAAACGGCCACACUGAUUAAUCAGACAGUGUUCAACCCAGAUGGGGAUUCCCCUGUUACUAAAUAUACUUUUUGUAUUUUUGAACACAACCACGGCCAACCACUCCGACGACAUUUGUCCUAUCCCUUGACCGAGGGAAGCUUUUACGAUGGUAUGCCGGACUCUGCUCUUAUACUCAGAUCUGCUAUAACUAUCGCCAACUACGAUUAUAUCAUUGACUUUAUUUUCCACCAAAAUGGCGCUCUAGAGACUAAAGCAACCAUAACAGGAUAUCUUCAAGCCGGCUAUUACAUCAACGCAGAAAAACAAUAUGGCUUUCGUAUCGGGGAAACCUUAUCUGGCAAUCUGCAUCAACACUUGUUCCACUUCAAGGUUGACCUUGACAUUAACGGGACAGCCAACAGAUACCAAACUCUGGACAUUGAGCCCGAAUCGUCGGCUCAUUCAGACGAAUCUGGCCACAUUUUCUUUCAAAACCAACUCGUUCGAACAUUAAAAAAAUCCGAGCUGGACGCUGUCCACUCAUUUAACUUUGAUCAACCAAAGGCUCACAUUGUCUUCAAUAAUUUCAGCCGAAAUUCUUUUAAAGAGAACAAGGGUUAUAGGAUUUAUAUAGAGGGAAUGUCGAAGAGCUUACUUUCCGAUGAUUCCGACAGAAGUCUUCCAUGGGCGGCGCACCAGAUGGUGGUCACGAAACAGAAAGACUCCGAGAUACGAGGCAGCUCUGUGUACGCCAUGUUUGACAGCGCAAGAGCCGCGACCAAUUUUACGACUUUCUACAGUGAUAAUGAGAACAUUGUCGACGAAGACUUGGUACUGUGGAUAACCUGUGGGUCGUAUCACAUUCCCAGCUCUGAAGAUCUGCCUACUACGGCUACUGUGGGCGCUAGUAUGGGCUUUUACCUAUUGCCCUUCAACUACCACGACGAGUGCCCGUCUAUGACGUCACGUGACGCCAUAAUGGUGCGUCACGCUGACCCCAGUGAUGCCAAGAGAGGGAUCAAGGUUCAAAGACACAACAGCACGAACAGACAGUGCAUUACACGGACAUCGAGAUUGGAACACGACCUUGACCUACAUCCGGAGCUUCUACUGGAGAUGAAUCACAAGAACUCCACCAGCUGAUGGACCAAAUAAAAAUGUCUUUAAUAUUAGUUGAAGUUGUCAAUAAAUUGAAAUAUAAAAAAGUC